AUGACUCAUUUCGUCGCCUCUUGUCUUUCGACAUUCGAGUUCGCAUUCAUCACCAAGAAACGCGCACCCCCACCCCUGACAGCAGCUGCCAAAUGCCUUGCACUUUGCAUCAAGCUGUCACUUGGUGACGACACCAUCAUGUUCAACAUGUACUCUCUCCUCAAUUACAUCGCUGCGACCUCCAAAGAAAUAAGUGAAUCAUCCUCUUCCAACCAACUCCUUUCUAACCCCCUCUACGCUUCUUCGAUCACCUCUCCCAAUGAUAAUACUUUGAAGCCGACUCACGAGGCUGCGAUCGUGUAUAACCUUGUGGAUCUUGCGCUCGUAGCUCCUGAAGAAUCGUAUAUAGACGUUGCGCGUGCGUUUUUGCCAAUCAAUCGCGCUACGAACCUGGAAGACUCGAGAUUCUCUAAUAAUAUGGUGUUGGCCGCCCAGACCAGGCUUGCACGUGAACUGGACCAAAGGCCUGAUUUGUAUGACAUAUACUUGGUCGAGCUGCUCACUCUCUUCGGAGACAAAGGCGUUGCUAUCCAGAACGUGGCGACGUAUGACAGACACGUCAAGACAGAAGAGAUGAUCGAGCAGCUGGUCCCUUCGUUGUUGCCGAUUGAAGCGCUUAUUACCCAUCCAGAUUACUCUCCACACCUGGAGAAGGGCGCGAUGACGUGGCUCAUGCCUGCACUGGCGAAAAUCGCAACAAAGACGCCAACUCUGGUGCUCGAGAAUGCUCAUCAUGCAGCGAGCGAAAUCGAGUAUAGCACUCUCAUCCGGUAUGAACAUGCGCAUUCUGUUAUCUCGAAACACCGGUCGUUCCUUGCACGCCAUAUUCCACAUCGCGCAAGCGCGAUACGCUCCUUGUCCCCGGGACAGGCGAUCUUCUUGUUGAUGAUGCUAGACGUCGAGAGUAUGCGAUCUGCUGCUGGUCUCCCGUCUUCCCUAGUGUCAUACUUCAUGAAUGGCAGCCUGAAUCGACAGAGCUAUCUUAUUGUUAUGCGUGGAUGUAUGGGAGAGAUGGAUUCCCAAGCUGUGGAGCAGGCACUACCGGCCCAUCUAUCAGAGGAACUUCACAAACUGCUUGUAGCCAGCACUCAUCGCAUAUCUUGUGCUUGGAACAUCGCUGCCAAAUACCUAUUCAACCUGAUUACAUCGUUUCCCUCUCUCAUGUGCGACCCGCCACUGGUGUAUGCAAUCCUUGAGCGCCUUACUCUUCUCCGCCAUGCAUGCAAGAAUGAGUUUACGGACGAGUACAACCCAGUGUACGAAUUCCACUCUGAGUGUACUGGCAUCACGUUACAGCUCAUGGACGACUACAAACUGCAGCGCAAUGCCAACAUGUGGUUUGAACUCACACUCAGCCGGGCUCCCAUUAAGCUCCAGUCGACGCUUCAGAAAUAUCUCGUAGCUACGCAACCACUGAUUGGUGCGGACUCUGCUGAGUUAGGAGCUUCUGUUACCGAAACGUUUGCUAAGGCACUUGGUCCUGUACACCGACAACUUUCCUAUCAAACUGGAAGUCUGAUCGUGCACCCGCUCUUGCUAGCCAAUUUGCGAACAAAUGUUAUUUUUCAGGGGAGGUUGCUGGUUUGCGGUUUGCGGCUUGCGGCUCGUAAAAAUCAAGAUUCGCUGGAUAAAGUAGCUCCUCAGAUGCAAUGCACUGGCGUUCAGCCUUUCAAGGACAAGAUGGCCGAUACGAUGAACGACAUUUGGAAUAAACGCAGCUCUUUAACUGUUCAAGAUCUGCAGCUUCUACCGUUUGAAGUUUUCACCCCCUCUGUGGUCGCUGCGGGUAUUGAAACGUGGACGUGGGUCAUCGCGGAACGUCCUAACAUGGAAGUGGUCAUCAUGUGUAAAGUGCUCGCAUCUUGGUUUGGGACUGUGAAGGAGGGGAAGGGCGUGUUCUCGGCCUCAUCAAACUGUGAUGAUCCCUUUUACCAUCCCAUCGGUUAUAGUCCGACCAACAAGGACGAAAUCGAUCGAGCAACGACUCAUGCUCAUUGGCUGCUCUUGCCGCAUACCUUAGUUCUACAGAUGCUAUUCAGUCGAUUGCAAGCAGCCAGAUAUUGUCGCUCGACUGUGAUGUUCCUCAUCCAAAGACUCGUUUUGCGAUCUGCGCGAGCGCACAAGUUGUUUAGUACUCAUCCGCUAGCUCGAGAGUUACCCUACACGUUCCUUCUUUUUGGACUGGAGACGUUGAAGAGCUCGCAUCUAGAUGCUGUUGAUCGCGUAUGCCCUGGUCAACAUGUCACGAACAGACCGGUGUUCAUAGGGACGCAAGGGCAGCAUUUGAUGUUGCAUUCAUGUGAUCGAGAUUCAGAAACUGUUCAUUUUCUACUCUUCAUCAAGGCCAUCGCUCUCUUCAGUGCAGAUCAACAUGACGAGGCAAACCUGCUCCUCAAAGAACUCGGUUGUCCGAAUGCCGAUGAUCGCACAUGUUGUAUUGUGGAAGGCAGUGCUUCAUACUCGCAGUGGUCGUGGUCUGGUACACUGACCAAUGUUUCAGAUGGAAUUUUGGAAAAUAAUCAUUUUGGAAAUAAUCUACUCUUUAUUAAGCUGUCAGGCCAUCGCACUUCUCAAAUGAGGCAAAAUUCUGCGCGUCUAAGAGCUAGCUACCACUCAUCCCAAUCCGAAUUCUCUUGCCUGCGGUAUCGUGAAAUUUAUGCGUCAAUACUGAUUUUGCGAACCUCGCACUUCAGGCUUAUCUACACGUCCAAGUGGGAAUACUCCUCGACGCGGAAAAAGUGCGAUGACGAUUAUCGUUUCGUAUUGGACGCUCAUUUUGGUGAUACGCAGGCCAUCGAACUCAACCCUCCACCUUACUUUGGAUAUCAAUCGAAGCAUGCACCCGCAUCCUACAAAACUCAACUCAUGGCACACAAAGCAAAGAUCUACGUCCGUCGCGGCGGUCCCAACUGGCAAGAAGGUUUCCAAGCCACGCGUCUACUUGGCGAGUCCCUCGGCGUCCCCAUCCGCGUCUUCGGCCCCGACACCCACAUCACCAAAAUCAUGCCUGGCCACCCACCUUCGUGCGCUCGGCUCUGGGGCAAUCGCAGAUCUACAACUGCAAGGCACCACACAGAGAGGUUAAUGUCGCACAUCACCCACAACCUUGUUGCUUUCUCCACUUCUUUGGAGCUGUGCCUUCGGCGCUCAUCCAAGGCUAGUUAUGAGCCUCGGGCUGCGCGAACGUCGCAAAUCUCGAUACAGCCGUUUGCACCGAAGCUGAGCAUGCGUGCCACAGCCUCGCACCAGCGCCAUUCGCCGUCGCGCCUUGCACCAGGGCCUUUCGCCGUUGCAGUAGCUCAUUAUGGCCUAACAGUCGGGGCAGAAGAAAUCAUUCCGAUACCAAAUCUCAGCCACCCGCAGCACCUAUUCACUCUUAUCUCACCAAUGCUCGGGCAAUUUCACGACAAUGCAAGAAAACAGUUACUUGAAGUAAUCAUGGCAGACAGUGCUCUAACGCCUCACUCUGCAUUGCUCGAAUCGAUGGAGAAAGAUAAUGAGGAAGAGCUCAGGAAGCUAGACGAGAGACUAGCAGAGGCGGAGAAGCAAGAGGGGGAAUCUGAGAUAUCAGACGCUUUGAAAGCCAGAGCCAAUCAUCUAACUCAAAUUGGUGGCAAGGAAGGCGCAGUCGCAGCGCAAAAACUUGCCCUUGUGAAAACACCUGGCCUAGGCUCGAGGAUAGAUAUGGUGCUCACUCUCAUCCGACUAGGAUUUUUCUUCGGUAAUAAUGGCCCAAUCACUGAGAACCUCCCCAAAGCAAAAAGAUUCAUCAAGGAGGGUGGUGACUGGGAUAGGCGUAAUCAUCUAAAAGUCUACCGCGGGCUCCGCAUGACAUCCAUCCGCCAGCUUAAGGCUGGUAGCGCACUUCUCCUCAAUGCACUAUCGACAUUCACUGCCACUGAACUCAACCUCAUUACCGCACCAGAGGUUAUCUCCGUUUUGCCCGAAAUUCCGAUCCUUGGAGACCUCUUAAACAACCUUUACGACUGUCAUUCUUCAUCGCACUCCCGACCCUUGGGCAGACAUAUCUUCUACCCUUGCGACUCCUUUUGCCUCAUGCCUGCUACUAUGUAUGAGAGAUGCGCAUCUUGGCAUACAGCCAACUUCUGGAGUCCUACUGCAGUCUUACUCUUGAAAGUCUUAGUGGUUCACUGCAAAUAA